AUUUUUUUACAGCAUUUCUUUAAUGAAUAAUAGUUUAAUGUUAACCUGUCGAUACAGUUUGCAUAAUAAUGAACAAAUAAGUGGAUUUUGCCCUUUUCCUAAUUGUACUCAUUUUCGUCUAUUUUGUGUUAAUUGUUUACUUGAAUAUCAUUGUGGGCAUGCAGGUGAAUGUAAAAAGCUGAAUGAAUAUUCUUAAUGGGCUGAAACAUUUAAAUAAAUAAAUCAUGAAAAUACAACUAAACUAGAUUCAAUUCAAGAAAUUAUCACUGUUUUAAAAGCAUUUAAAGAGUGGUAUGAAGAAUAAUAUAAUACUUAAAUUGAUGAUCAAACCUUAAAUAUUUAAAAAUUUCAAUAAAAAAUAACAAACUUGGUAAAAAUACAAUAAAUAACCAAUAUUAUUGAUUAAUCUAUUAAGCCCUAAUUUGAAAAAUUAAAAAUGUACUUAGAAUAUAUUAUGAGUCAAAAUAAUAUUACGAAGGGGUUAAGUAUUUUAAUAAUUUAAACAAAGUUACUUAUGAUGACUUUAUCUAGACACUAUAAUAACCUAUAAGUAAUUUAAAUUCUAGAAGUUAAAAAAAUUAUGAAGAAGGUUUCAAUUUAUUCUUAAUUUGAAGCUAAAUCACUCUAUUGGACAGGAAAAUAUAAAGACUGUAUUUAAAAAUGCGAUUCUUAUUAGAGGUUUAAUAUUAGUGAUGUUAGAUUUAGUUUAUUAAUAGGUAAUAAAUAUUUAUUAAAAAAUAGGUGAUAGUUAUUUAGAACUUAAAGAAUUUGAAAACGCUAUUGAGAAUUACUAAACUGCUCUAGAAAUAGAUGAAUAAAAUGUUUAUGCUUAUGGAAAAAUUGGUAGACAUAAUUAAAUACUUUAGGGGAUAUUAAAUAGAAUUAAGGAAAAUUAGAAGAAGCAUUAAGCUUUUAUGAAGAAUGCACUAAAAUAAAUAGUGAAUUAUUAGAAUUCUAGUUUAAAAAAGGUAUUUUAUUAAGUGAUUUAGCUAAAAUCUAUCAAAAUUUAAAAUAAUUUUAACAAUGCCUUGAGUGUUUAAAUAAAAUAUUAUCUAUAAAUUCUUCUCAUAUUGAAGCACUUUAGAUGAAAGGUACAUAAUUAAAUUAAAUUCAGCAACUAUUUUAUCAUCAAAAAAUGAUAAAAAAGAGGAAUUUGAUGAAUUCAAAUAAAGUUUGAAGUUUAGUGGAGAAAAUAUUAAGAGAUAUAUUUAAUAAUAGAGUAUGAAUUAGUUUGAUUUAAGUAAAUUUAAGAAGUCAAUUUGAAAAUCCAUCAGUUUUAGGAUAAAUGUUAGAUGAAGAUGUAGUAAAUUAAAAAUUUUCUGAAGGUACAAAUAAGAUAAAUGUCUUAGCUUAUGCAAAUUUAGAAAAAAAUCCAACUAAAACACUAUAGAUAUGUGAAGGAAUUCUAAAAUUAGAUAAAAGUAAUUUUUAGUUUGUAAUUUUAAGUGGUAUAAAUAAAUAUUAUUUAGCAUAUGCUUUGAAGUAGCUUCGAAGAUAUGAAGAAGCUUUAAAUCUUUGUGAUAUGAUAAAGAAAUUAGAUCCACUAAAUUUAGAGGUGGGGAAAUUAUAGUAUAUGAUAUAUUAGCUAAUUUAAUGAAUUUUAAAAUACAUUGGUG